CAGACAGGCGGCGCGGCCCCUCCGGCUGACCAGCGGGCCCCGGGGCGGCGGUCAAAGUGCGGCGGAGUACCUGGCGCACACCUGCUCGCCUCCCCGCUCCGCCCUCCUCCGCGCCCCGGCUGCGGCUCGGCGAUCCCAGGGGUGGGAGUCGCUGGCUCGCGUCCCCGGACUCGCCCCGCCCUCGGGCCGCGCGGCUAUUUGAGGCCGGGAGCUACUCCCUUCCCUACAGAGCGCGGCGCCGACCCUCUGAGGCUCACGGUCAUGGAUACUCUUUCAGAGGCAAAUGGCACCUUUGCCUUAAGUCUUCUGAAAAAGCUGGGUGAAGACAACUCAAAAAAUGUGUUUUUCUCACCCAUGAGCAUCUCUUCUGCCCUGUCCAUGGUCUUCAUGGGCGCAAAGGGAAACACGGCAGCCCAGAUGUUCCAGACACUUUGUUUAAGUAAAAGCUGUGGAGGAGGGGACGUGCACCAGGGGUUCCAGUCGCUUCUCACAGAAGUCAACAGGACCGAUACACAGUACUUGCUUAGAACUGCCAACAGGCUCUUUGGAAAUAAGUCUCAUGAAUUCCUCUCGUCUUUCAAAGACUCCUGCCUCAAGUUCUACCAAGCAGAGAUGGAAGAGCUCGACUUUCAUACCGCUGCAGAAGAGUCCAGGACACACAUCAACACCUGGGUGGCCGAAAAGACGGAAGGUCAGAUUACAGAGUUGCUGUCUCCGGGUUCAGUGGAUCCAAUGACGAAUCUGAUUCUUGUGAAUGCCAUCUAUUUCAAAGGAAACUGGGAUAAUCAGUUUAACAAAACACAGACCAUGGAAAGACCAUUUAAAGUCAGCAAGAAUGAGGAGAAACCUGUACAGAUGAUGUUUAAAAAAUCUACCUUUCAAAUGACCUAUAUAGGAGAAAUAUUCACCAAAAUUCUGGUGCUCCCCUAUGUGGGCAAAGAGCUGAACAUGAUCAUCAUGCUUCCAGAUGAAAACAUGGAUCUGAGGACGGUGGAGAAAGAACUCACUUAUGAGAAAUUCGCAGAGUGGACGAGGCCAGACAUGCUGGACGAAGAAGAGGUGGAAGUUUUCCUCCCUAGAUUUAAACUGGCGGAGGAUUACGACAUGAAGAAUGUCCUUUGCUCUCUGGGCAUAACUGAUGCCUUUGAGCCGGCCAAGGCAGACUUCUCUGGGAUGUCUUCCGGGAAAGACCUGUAUCUGUCCAGGGUGGUGCACAAGGCCUUCGUGGAGGUGAACGAGGAAGGCACGGAGGCCGCAGCGGCCACCGCGGCCAUCAUGUUGUUGCGGUGUGCGAGAAUCGUGCCCCGGUUCUGUGCCGACCACCCCUUCCUCUUCUUCAUCCAGCACAGCAAGACCAACAGCAUCCUGUUCUGUGGCCGCUUCUCCUCCCCGUAAGGACAUAGUCAGCCCCAAAUGGCGUCCUCUUUCUUUCUCCUGUUGGCCUUCUUUUCCUGACUCUUCACAAUGUGCCUACUAUGCAAAGUGACCUUGGGUGACAAUCCAAAAAUAAAAGGCCCGAUUUUGGGA